UAAAUUUUAAUUAUUUAUAAACAAAAACAUUUUUUUAACGUUGGUAAUCUAGAUAAUACAAUAAAAUGUGGAAAGCAAGUAUAGCGAAUAAUGUGGAUAUAAAACCCGCUGAAGACGACGAUUGGGAAACUGAUCCAGAUUUUAUAAAUGAUGUUGACGAACAAGAACAACGAUGGGGGUCCAAAACAAUCGAAGGAUCUGGACGGCAAGUUGGGGCAAUUGAUAUGGCAAAAUUGCGACAAGAAACUGAACAAGCCGAAGCUGAACGAAAACGUAAAGAGUUGGAAGAAGGACCAAAUCCUUCUUUUGGCUAUGGUGGUAAAUUUGGUGUUGAAGCUGAUAGAAUGGAUCAGUCGGCUGUAGGACAUGAUUAUGUUGCAAAAGUUGAGAAACAUGUAUCACAAAAAGAUUAUAGUGCUGGAUUUGGUGGGAAAUUUGGAGUACAAACCGAUAGAAUUGAUAAAAGCGCUGUUAAUUGGGAUUACAAGGAAAAAAUUGAAAAACAUGCCUCUCAAAAAGAUUAUAGUGCCGGUUUUGGUGGAAAAUUCGGUGUUCAAGCCGAUCGUCAAGAUAAAUCCGCAGUGGGAUGGGAUCACGUUGAACAAGUCGGUAAACAUGAAUCACAAAAAGAUUAUAAAACUGGUUUUGGAGGUCAAUUUGGUGUACAAUCCGAUCGACAAGAUAAAAGUGCGGUUGGAUGGGAUCAUCAUGAAAACUUACACAAACACGAGAGUCAAGUCGAUCACAAAAAAGGUUUUGGUGGUAAAUUUGGUAUACAAACAGAUCGUAUGGAUAAAUCAGCUGCAACAUUUACGGACGAACCAACCAAAGUAGGAACGACAUAUACAAAAACAAAACCUGAUAUAGGUGGGGCAAAGCCGUCUGAUCUUCGUGCAAAAUUUGAAAAUAUGAGCCGUUCUGAUUCUUCAGAAACUACUAAUUCAAAAAGUCCUGAAAAGAAGGCUGUAAAACAAUUAGAUGCGUCGAAAACAAGUAUGUUUUUGAAUAAAAACUCUACAACGAACGUUGAGAAAACGGAGACUAUAAAGAAACAAACGAUUAUUGAGAAAACUAGUGAGCAAGUUACAUCGAAUGUUGUUGAAAGUACUAAAAAUGUUGAAAAGAUUAUUGAAAGUAGUAAAACAGACGAAAAAUUAGCCGAGCAACCUGUAGUAAAUGAAACACCAAAUUCGGUAGUUAAAGACGACCCAAGUUCAGUUCCCGAGGUACCAAUUGAACCUAUAGAUAUUCAAGCGAAUCCAGAAACAAAUGAAGCUGCGGCUGAUGAAAUUACUGAAUUAGAAGAUACAGGCUUAGUAGCAAUCGCAUUAUAUGAUUAUCAAUCCGCUGCGGAUGAUGAAAUAUCAUUUGAUCCAGAAGAUAUCAUUACACAUAUUGAAAUGAUUGACGAAGGUUGGUGGCGAGGUUUAUGCCGUGGAAGAUAUGGACUAUUCCCAGCAAAUUAUGUACAAUUACAACAAUAAUCAGAACUUCCAAUAAAUACAUAAAUCAAAUCGAAGUACUUAAAAGAAAUAUAAAACAUACUUUCCUGUCAGUAUCAAUUUUCAAUCGUAUUUCUUUAGUAUUUGAUUGGUUGAAUUAUAUCAAGUCGAUAAAUAAAAAAGGUCCUCCCCAUCAUGCUUUAUUUUACGCAGGCGUAAAAUUUAUUACCGAAAAAUUUAAUCUAUUGAAUACAAAACGAAAUGAACAUAUAAAUUCGAUUGACAAGAUAAUAUACCUCUUGAUUUUACGCCACAAUAAAUUACGCGUAUAUAUUUUGGAAGUAUCGCUUCCAUAUAUUUUUAAUUUUGUAAUUAAUUUUAACCUAAUUUUUUUAUUUUUAUAAAAAAAAUAUAUUAAUACUAAAAAUGACCACGGUUAUCCAAUACGACCCACUUUUUUAGCGAUCGGCUCCGUCUGUUUUAUAUUUCGGAGUUCAUACAUCGUAAUUAUUAAAGGAAAAAUUUAUAUGAGGUGCUAACUCUCUAGAAAAAUGUCGUCUUUAAAAAAACGCGUCGAAUUGGGUAACCACGGCCAAUAAUAGACAAUAUAAGAGGUUUUUAAGCUGGCAAUAUAAUCCCAAAAGAUUUACAAUCACAUUAAAUGAAAAUAAAUGUGAUCGAAGAAAUUUAACUACACGAAUAUAACGUGUAGAGCCUCCUGGAGAAAAGCACCUUCAGAGAACGAAAAUAGUAAAAAUACAGGGAGUUGCAGAUCUGUUUUAAAUUAAAAACUAUAAUCUGUGGUUUAAUUAUCGCUGCAUGCAAAUUUUCUAGGUAAUAGACUAGGUAUAUGACCUUACCUAGGAGUUAAAAAUUUAUAAAUUUUCUAAUUAUGAUUCAUUUAUUGAUACCCCGUGUAAAUUCUUCUUUAUUUAAUAUUUUUUCUUCAAUGAUUACAAACAUUUGGAAUAUUUUCAGCUGUAUGAUAUCGUAAAAAGACAUUUCAUCCAAAUGCGCUUGCCAGUUGUCUAUUAUUAUUAUUAUA